AUGCCGCUUGUUCAAGAUUCCAGCGACGACCUCCCCUACAUCGACCAACCCGCCCCAGCCGAAGCAAUCGUAUCCAUACGCCAACUGAUCCAUCUGGAAGCCUCCUCUCAUCAUCCCGAUUAUCCGGCAACCCUCCACCCCUCCGUACCUACGACUUACCAGCCGACCUUCUCCGCCCUACUCGAAGCCGAACACGCCCGCCUCUCCGCCGAUCCCGCCUCAAAAAUACCCGGAGGCAUCGACACAAGCCGCUACGAGGAGCCGCAAGCCCCCUCCAGCCUCUCCGACGUCGAGGGCUGGAAAUCCGCACUCCGCCAAGCCUACGCAACAUCCUCCUUCCUCUCUUCGCGCUCCACGAACCUCGGCCUCCUAGAGGCGUACGGCAAGAAUGCAUGGCUCAUAUCGAACUCACAAAAUGAAUCUAUCUUGCGCGACCUGGAAGCCGAGCUGGCGGCUACCAAGGAUUCAAUUGAGGCUGUCGAAGCCGCGCGACGCAACCAGCAGGAAGCGGUAGUUGGAGAGAUGAGAGGGCUGGAGGAGGGCUGGAAGAAGGGCGUAGGACGGCUUGUGGAGACCAGCAUUGCAGCUGAGGGGGUGAGGAGGGAAAUCUUGCAGCAACAAAGGCAGGCUGCUGUAUGA